AUGUCGCAGCCGUGGAAGGCGGCGCUGCCCACGGCGGUGUCGCCCGCCAUGGAUGUCGACGUCGAGGUCCUGCGCCCGCUGGUGGCGGUGAUUGGCGGCGAACAGCACCACAGCGCCCUCAAGACGAUCAUUGAGAGCCCGGGGCAGUACCGCUGCAAGUGUCUCUCUGUCCCCGAGGCAGGGCUCUCCGCGGAGACCCUGGGGUCGAACACGGUCGAGAAGCCUCCGAUGCGCACGGUGAACGGCCUCAUGAAGGCCGCGUGGCUCCAGAAGUUCCAGCGGCUUCGCCCCGGUGUCGCCGUGGUCGUCCUUUCGCUGCAGGGCGUGCUCGGCGACGAAGCCACGUCCAUGACGGAGAUGUCGAUCCUCGAGGAAGUCAGCACCGCCGCCAGGCACCGAAGAGUCCGCAUCGCCGUCGCCCUGGUCGACGACGACUGCGACGAAGAGGCCCAGGCGCCCCCGGACGACGCCGUGUAUGCCAUUCAGCGACACAGCGCGGUGGAAGAACGCUGCGUGUGCGUGGUGCCCGCCAACUGGGACCCCGACCACGCGGCCGUCGCGCACCUCGCCUCGAUCAUCUGGGACCAGGCGCUCGCGUUCUACGGCGCGGAGGCGCGGCACAAGCACGGCAAGAUCACGUCCUCGACGCUGGCGCCCCGCGCCGUGCAGCCACUGAUCAAAGCGGCUGCGUGCGCCGAGGCGUGCCGGGACUGGGCGGCCGCGGCGCGCGGGUACUCGGGCGUGUACGACUCGCUCGAGUCGCUCCACUCGCCGAUGCUCGGCCCGCAGCACCGGUUCGAGCUCCUCGAGGUGCUGUCGAUGGUGUUUGCGCGGCUCCUGGGGUGUCUUUUAGCACACUCCCCCCCUGACACACGUGCAGCGGUCCACGUGAUCCGGCGGCACCUGGCCCUGCGCGAGGGCGCCGCGUCCUGCGUCGACGACACGCUCCCGGCGCUCCUGGCGUCCUGGACGUCGCGCCAACUGCAGAUCGCCGCGCAUGUCCUCACGCGGUGGGAGAACGGCCUCGGUCGCGACCUGCGGGACCCGCUGCUGUCGACGGGCCAGCUCCUGUCGCUCGCACUCGAGGAGGCCCGCAUCGCGAAGCAGUUUCUGGGCGCGGCGCGGCCGUCCGAUGCCGCGGACGACGCUGGCGACGCUGACGGCGACGUGGCCGCGCGCAGCGGGCUGUACGUCGGGACGAUCGUGCGCGCGGACACGGGAGAGCGGCUCAAGGACGCGCACUUCCUGCGCGUCGUGCGGGCGCAGCUGGAGCACGACCUGUGCGCCGACGGCGCGCUCACGGAGCUGUGCGCCGCCGCCGUGCGCGAACUGCGCGCCUCGGGCUGCCCGCGGUCGUCGCGCGCGCUGCAGUCCGGGCUCAGGGCGCCGGACAGCGGGCCCCCGACGGCGGCGAUCGAGUCCAUGGCCGCGGGCCUGCGGCGCGAGGGCUGGCACUGCCUGCUGGCACCCGCGCUAGGGGAGCUGAGUCAAGCCUCGGGGGUGUCGGGCGACGACGGCCUGCGCGCGAGGGCGGAGCUGGAGCGCGCGAGCCUGGGGCCUGACGACGAGGCCGGCGCCCGCGCCGUGCGGGACGCGCUCGGGCUCCUGGCCGCGGAGGGCGCCGCGGCGGACGUGCUUCCCGGGUCGAUGCUGGCGGGGUGUUUUGACGUCAGGGCCGGGUUCUGCCGGGCCGUGGCGGGGCGUCCGGCGGCGGAGUUCGGCGUCAUCGUGACCAGCCGGCUCCCCGGGACCAUCUCCGUCGCGGGCUGCGAGGUCGAGGUGCGCGUGGGGAGCAAGCCCGCGAGCGCAGCAGCGCUGCAGGGGGUCGCGGGUGACGGAGCGACGGCGGAGGGCACGGGCGCGCUGUCGCUCGCCCGCGGAGUGCCCCUGGUGCUGCACGCGUACAUUCCCGUCACGGGGAUGCGGCGUGUGGAGGCCUCGUUCUUGAGGGUGGUCUGCGAGGGGGGAGUGACGUUUCAGUGGUGUCUGCCGGCGUGGUCCGACGCGAUGCGGCGCGCGGCGUCGGCGUCCGCGAUCGUGCCGCCGCUGGACGGCGAGGCUGCGGAGGCGGGUGGGACGUGGGCGGCGCGGGCGGCCAUCGAGCGGUCGCUCCAGGCGCUGGCGCGCGCAACGCAGGGCGCGCUGCUUCCGGGGGUCAUGGAGGGGGGCGCGCCCGCCGCGGCUCUGGCCGAGCUGCGGCUGCAAGAGCCCGAGCUCGGCGAGGCCCUGUCCGGCUCGCACGUCGAGGUGCGCGGGGCCAUCGAGGCCGCUGCGUCUGUCUGGGUGGGGGGGGUGUUUCUGGCGGUCAGCGCGCAGCACGAGGGGUACUCGCCGCCGGAUGUGGAGCCCUUCGUGCGCUGGGACGGUGUUGCGGACGCCCAGUUCGCGCCGUGGCCGGCGGCGGGCGCGGCGGUACCGGAGGCUGCUGAGCCGUCUGGCAUCCAGGAGGCAGGCGCCCCCACAGAUCUCGAGGGGAGCAGCAUGGGCGCACCGAAGCGGCUGAGUGCGUCGUUCACGGUCCGGCUGGCCUGCCCCGCGCCGGGGCCGCUGCAGGUGACCUGCAGUCUGCUUCCGGCUCCGGAGGAGGGCGAAGGUGCCGCGCGGACGCCACCCCGGUCGACGAGUGCGCUGGGAUCCGUUGGGAGUGGGAGCGAGGUCGUCGGCAGGGGGCGCGACACGCUGGCGGAGGCGUCGGCCAUCGUGCACAUUUCGCCGCCGGUUGCCGUCACGUGGAGCGCCAUGCUGCCCGCGGGGUCGCACAUGCUGAUGCCGUCGCAGCUGGCUCCACCGGAGCCCACGGACGCGCUGAGCGUCCCGGCGGGGCGGCCGUUCUCGCUCGUUGCAGCACUCACCGCCCACGACGCCGACAUCCUCCUGGAACGCGUCUCCAUCCAGCUCAAGACGCGCGGGAAGGAGACGCUCCACUUCUCGCUCGACACGCCGAUCGGCAUGCCGGAGGGACCGACGCGCAUCGCGGCCGGCGCGACGCUCUCCCUGGUGAUGCCCGCGCGCGCCGCUGCGGAGCCCCCCGCGCCGCCCGAGGCCGGCCUGAGCCCGCGCACACGCAAGCAGGCGCAGCACCUCGGCGACCUCGUGGUGGAGUGGCAGCGCUGCUCCCCGCGGACCGCUGGACCCUCGUCAGGGAGCGAGGGCACCGGAGAGGUGCUUUCUAUGCGUGCGCCGCUCCCGAAGCUGGCGGUUGAGUUCCCGCUGGUCGAGGUGGUCCAGGUCGGGCUGGUGGCGCCGCUGCACGCGGGGGCGCAGCUGGACUGGGCGGUGCGGUGCCGCAACAGCACGGAGGGGCCUCUGGUGUUGGAGGCGCGGCUGAGGGAGGGGCAGGGCGUGGAGAUUUUGAACCAGCGGAGCGUCGACGUGCAGCUGGAGCCGAAGAAGGCGGUGCAGCUGUCGUGGCGGAUGCGUGCGGGCCAGCCUGGCCCCGCCGUGCUGCCGGAGCUGUGGCUGUGGCUGCCGGGGUGCAGGGCCGGGCUGACGGUCCCCGCCGUGCGCGCGGUGUGCGAGCCCGCGCCGCCGCAGGCACAGCCGCAGGGCGUCGGUGCAUAG